CUGGAAUUGGAAGGGCUAAAUCGCAAAACCUCCCUGCCGCUUCGUUUCCUUUCCCCACACUUCAUCCCCCCCACUUCCACCACGCCGCCGUCGUCGCCGCCGCCGCCGCCGCCGGCGGUCGCCCGACCUCGCCGGCGAUAUGCCUGAAAAGGCGGCGGAGGCCAACCUCCGCAAGCAGCUGGAGCAAACCCUCGCCGGCGAGCCAUCCAGCCCGCUCCACCACUACAACCUCGGCGUCUUCCUAUGGGACCGCGCGGAGGCGGCGGCGAGGGAGGAGGGCGAGGAGGAGGAGGAGGUGAGGCGGCUCCGUGCGGCGGCGGCCGAGCGCUUCCUCGCGGCGGCCAAGCUGGACCCCAACGACGGCGUCCCCUUCCGCUUCCUCGGCCACCAUUAUGCGCUUGCCGGCGACGCGCAGCGAGCGGCCAAGUGCUAUCAGCGGGCGGCGACGCUCAACCCUGAUGAUGCCGAGGCUGGGGAGGCGGUCUGUGAUUUGCUAGAUUUGGAGGGCAAGGAAAGCUUGGAGAUCGCUUUGUGCAAGGAGGCAGCUGGCAAGUCACCCCGGGCAUUUUGGGCGUUCCGGAGGUUGGGGUACUUACAGGUUCAUCAGAAGAAAUGGUCAGAGGCUAUACAGAGCCUUCAGUAUGCAAUACGAGGUUACCCAACAUGUGCAGAUUUAUGGGAAGCACUCGGUCUGGCAUACCACCGUUUGGGCAUGUUUACUGCAGCAGUAAAGUCGUAUGGGCGAGCUGUUGAACUGGAUGGUUCCAAGGUCUUUGCGUUGAUAGAAAGUGGAAACAUCCAGCUAAUGCUUGGUUAUUUUAGAAAGGGUGUUGAACAGUUCCGCUCUGCCUUGGAGAUGGCUCCUCAAAAUCAUUCCGCGUACUUUGGUCUUGCUUCUGCAUUGCUUGCUUGGGCAAGGCAGUGUGUAAUGACUGGGGCCUUUGGCUGGGCAGCUAGUCUGUUGAAGGAAGCAUGCAAAGCUGCCAAAGUUUGUACUUCUUUGACUGGAAACCUUUCCUGUGUUUGGAAACUGCAUGGAGAUGCUCAGCUCGCACUUGCAAGAUGCUUUCCAUGGGGUGAUGGUAAUAUCAAGGGGGGUAUGGAUGAUGGUACUUUCAGGACUACUGUACUUGAGUGGAGAAAUACAUGUUUGUUGGCUGCAAAUGGUGCAAAAUUCUCAUACCAACGAGCUUUGCAUCUCACUCCCUGGGAAGCUAAUAUUCACAAUGACACUGCUAUAUGUCUUGAUCUCAUUUAUACCAUUGAGGAGAAUAAUAGUCUAGAUCCCAUAACUUGGGAACUGCCAGAGAAAAUGUCGUUGGGUGGGUUGAUACUGGAACCAGUCAAUAAGGAUUUUUGGGUUACAUUGGGCUCGGUGUCAAGUAAUCAAGCUUUAAAACAGCAUUCUUUUAUCAGAGCACUGCAUCUUGAUAUGUCUCUCUCUGAAGCUUGGGCAUACCUUGGAAAGAUUUACAGGCAUUCAGGUGAUAAGCAGUUGGCAAGACAAGCAUUUGAUCGAGCUCGAAGCAUUGAUCCUUCACUGGCCUUGCCAUGGGCAGGAAUGUCAGCUGAAAAUUACCACCAGCCUGGGGAUGGGCCAGUAAAUGAAUGUUUUGAAAGCUGCUUGCGGGCUGUGCAGAUACUUCCUCUUCCAGAGUUCCAGAUUGGUCUUGGAACAAUUGCUGCUCGUUCUGGUGAACUUCUAUCACCUCAGGUAUUGAUGGCUGUAAGGCAAGCUGUUCAACGGGCACCUCAUUACCCUGAGUCGCACAACAUAAAUGGCUUGGUUUCUGAAGUGCGAUCAGACUUCCAAUCUGCAAUUGCAUCGUACCGACAAGCAAAAUUUGCUUUAGAUAUGAUGCGCAACUCCAAAACAGACUGCAGAUGUCAUAUUGCUGAUAUUUCCGUGAAUCUUGCCCGGUCACUAUGUAAGACUGGUCUUGCAACUGAGGCAGUGCGGGAGUGCGAAGAAUUGAAAAGACAAGGAUUUCUGAAUGAUGACGGAUUGCAGAUAUAUGCUCUUUCAUUAUGGAAACUUGGUCGGCAUGAUGAAGCUCUUUCAGUAUCAAGAAACUUGGCUGAAAACUUAUCGAGUAUGAAGCAGGAGAGUGCAACUGCAGCUUUAGGAUUCAUAUGCACGUUGACAUACAACAUCUCUGGGAAGGACUCUGCAGCUGCGGUCAUUCAUAAACUGCCUGGUCAACUCAAUUACAGCACACAGCUGAAAUUUAUUAUCUCUGCAUUAGAUGCUUUACAGCCAAACAAGCGUUUUCAGUUACCCCAGCUGAGUAUGCCUCCUAGGCUUACAUCGUAUGAAGUCAUGAGUGAAGUCCACUCAAAUAUUGCUCUUGGAAAUGCUAUUGGUGGGGAAUCAGACAAGUUUUUAAGGGUUGAUGGUGGCCUGUCUUACCUGAAAAAGGUUCUACACAUGUAUCCCGACUGCAGUUUAGUAAGAAACCAACUUGGAUCUCUGCUACUGUCAAGUGAAGAUUGGAUGGCUUCUCAUAAAGCAGUAAGGGUUACUUCAUUGUCCCGGGGAUAUACAUCCAAUAGGGGCUUAAGAUCUCCACACCAAAUUCAAGCAUGUGCAGCAGUUUCUUGCUAUGCUACCUGCACUUCUUACCCAAAGUUCUCUUUUCCAACAUGUGAAGAUCAAUACCUAAGCGGAUACAAUGCAAUAUGCCGCCUGCAAAGGUGGGUUCAUCUAGAACCGUGGAACCAAGAUGCACGUCGCCUCCUUGUACUUACCCUUUUCCAAAAAGCACGUGAAGAAAAGUAUCCGAAACAUAUCUGCACCAUUUUGAAGAGGCUGAUUUUGCAAGUUCUCUCCAGUGGUAGCAAUUCACAAGACAAUAAGGUGGUUCAGUAUGGGAACUACUUGUUACUUCUUGUGGCUUCAGAGGUUAGUUUGCAAUCUGGUGACCAUGGCAACUGUAUUGCUCAAGCUACUGAAGCUCUUGGAGUAACUUCUUCGAGCGUGGAUUCUUUCUUUGCACACUUGCAACUGUGUCGGGCCUAUGUGAUGCAAGGCAAUCUUUUGAACUCUAGGAGUGAGUACAUGAAAUGCCUGCAAAACCGUACAGAUACUGAAAUUGGCUGGGUAAUACUUAAGCAACUUGCAUCUAUAUGUUCACUGGAGGGUACCCCUGAUGAAAUAGAGAUACAUCUCGGAGGAUGCGUUGAAAGGAAAGGUAGCAAUGCAUCCAAAUGGAUGUCUCUUUUUUAUCUAGCAUGCGCUCAGUGUUCAGUAUGGAAUGAGGACUUUGCAAGUGCUGAAAAAGCUAUUGCUCAGGCAUGUGCUGAAGGGGAUCCUGACAGCUGUGUCUUAUUUCUCAACGGCGCAAUUUGUAUGGACAUUGCUUGGAGGUUCGCGGCCCCUCAAUUUAUAGCCCGUGCAGCUUCCAGCCUCAGAAAGGCACAGCAGAAAUCACUUGCUUCUUUACCUAUUGUGUCCCUCUUACUGGCCCAAGCAGAAGGCAGCCUUGGCUCCAAAGCCAAGUGGGAGAAAAACCUUCGUCUAGAGUGGUUCUCAUGGCCCCCAGAAUUGAGGCCUGCUGAGCUCUAUUUCCAGAUGCAUCUUCUGGCAACGCAGUCAAGUGCAGCAACUUCCCAGCAGAACCAGCUAGUGGAAACCAUGCAAACCCCAGAGAAGUGGCUUCUCAGGGCGAUACACCUGAACCCGUCGUGCUCUAGGUACUGGACGGCUCUGAUGCAACUCCUCAACUCGUUCGGCGCCGCGGCCGUGCUCGCCUUCUCCACCACCGUGCCACUCUCCGACAUCGCCUUCGCCCUCCUCGUCAUCCCUUACCUCGUCGUCCUCUCCGUCCUCGCCUUCCCGCAGAGGCCCGGCAAGCCCAACCCGGGCGCGCCGGUCUUCCUCGGCCGCGGCCGCUUCCUCCUCAGGGCCCACGACGCGCUCGGCUUCCUCGUCGGCGCCGCGCUCCCGGCGCUCUACAUCCUCGACGGCCUCCGCUCGGGCGACACGGCGGGCGUCGCCGCGGCGUCCCCGCACGCGUUCCUCCUCGCCGCGCAGAUCUUUACCGAGGGCCUCGCCGCGGCGUGGCCCGGGAGGUUCUCCCUCCCCGUGCGUGCCGCCGUGGUGGUGAUGUACGGCGCGCGGAGGAUGUUCGCGGCGUCGGAGUGGCUCCGCCAGGAGAUGGAGAAGCGGGACCAGUUCGGCGGCGGCGUCGGCGGCGCGCCCGCCGUGGCGCGCCGCAGGGUGGUGGCGGGGAGGGUGCUGGCGGUGGCGAACCUCGCCUACUGGGGGAUCAACCUCUUCGCCUUCCUGCUGCCGUUCUACCUGCCCAAGGCGUUCAACAGGUACUACUGCGGCAGCGACAGCAAGGAGGACGACGCCACCGCCGCCGCCGGCGCCAUUGACGCCGACGACGCCAAGAAGAAGGAUUCCUAGAGUGUGUUUGAUCGUUCGUCGCUGCUUUCUCACUCGCGUUUGUGCAGCUUGGUGUAUUAGCUCUUCUUCUUAAUUUUUUUUUUCUUUUGAAAAAUUCACGCAUGUAUUAGCUCUUUUUUUUCUCGAAAAUUUCACGCAUGUAUUAGCUCAACUUGCGUUUCGUUUGGUGAAGACAAACUUUUGAGUUUGAGGGUGUUCGGUGUAAAGAGAUUUUUCUUUAAAAACAGUAAAUUUUAUAGAACCAUAUAUCCUUU